UGAGACCGGAAGCGUGUGUGCGGCAAACAUGGCGUUGGCGGCGCUGGUGUUGGGGACGCGGACAGCUGCUACAGCCCUCCUGAGGCCCCCUCAGGCUGCAGCUCUUGCCGUCAGAUAUGCAUCCAAGAAGACAGGUGGCAGCUCCAAAAACCUCGGUGGAAAGUCACCAGGCAAACGCUUUGGCAUCAAGAAAAUGGAGGGUCACUAUGUUCAUGUCGGCAAUAUCCUUGGGACUCAGCGCCACUUUCGCUGGCACCCAGGUGCCCAUGUGGGGCUAGGGAAGAAGAAGUACCUGUAUGCCCUGGAGGAGGGGAUCGUCCGCUACACUAAGGAGGUCUACGUGCCCCAUCCAAACAAUUCUGAGGCUGUGGAUCUGGUCACCAGGCUGCCCAAGGGUGCUGUGCUCUAUAAGACUUUUGUCCACGUGGUUCCUGCCAAGCCCGAGGGCACCUUCAAACUGGUAGCUAUGCUUUGAGCUCCCAGUUGAGGCCUUUGGACAGAGACUGGAGCCCAGGUGACAGGAGCAGGUGUGCCAGAAGUCAAGAGCUGGGGUGACAACAAGGCCUCCCAAGGAAAAAGACUGUGAAGGGACUGGCUGGGAAACCCGUUGGAAACCUGACCCAGGGCCAAAAAUAAAGUUAGCUGGAGUCACAA